AUGAGAUACAAUGUCAUUUUAUUAGUUUGUGUCUUGUCUUGUUUUGUUGUCAAUUGUCAGCAGUCUUAUGACACUACGAGUCUUGACGCAAAAUCCUAUAAAGUAGUUGAAGGCAGUAUUCAACAGACAGAAACAAAUAUACAGUUUUCUCUUGUCUCUAACAGUGACUCGGAAUACUUUAGUUCUAUUAUCAAAGAACUUGUCGUUCAAGUGACCUAUGAAACGACUGAACGAGUCCAAAUCAAGAUUUAUGACAAGAACGGCACACAAGCAGUGGUACCAAAUUCACCAUUAGGUGUUGUAAGACCAGAUACACAGAUACAAACAGGCCAGAGACGCUCACCAGGAAAAAGAACGAAUUAUAGCUUCAAUUACACCAUGGAUCCGUUUGGAUUUCAGAUUAUUCGAACAUUGGAUCAUUCCAUCUUAUUUGACACAACAGAUCUUGCAUUUGUUUUCGAAAGUCAGUACUUGGAAAUCAGUACGCAUUUGCCUGUUCAUGAAGCACAUAUCUAUGGCCUUGGACAAGGAUUUAAAGCACCAGAGAAUAGUGUCACCACUAUCUUUGCUAGACAUGCAAAUAAUUCACAUCCGUUCUAUAUGGACAUUCGCAACAAUGGACUUGCGUUUGGUACUCUUCUGUUGAAUGCGAAUGGGAUGGAUAUCAUUACUUUUGCAGACAGAAUUACUUUUAAAGCCAUUGGCGGCAUUUUUGAAUUUUACUUUUUUGUUCCUGAGGAUGGUACACCUGAUGCAGUUGUUCAAUCUUAUACUACAUUUAUCGGUCGAUCUAUGCUACCAGCACAUUGGGCCUUGGGUUUCCAUGAUUGUGUUCAGACAAAACUUACAUUUGAUGAGAUCCCUAUUGAAUCUCAUUGUGUUGAUAUGAAUACUGUAAUGUAUCAACAAGACAGAAAAAAGAUAGGCAUCGUGAAUUCAGCUAUUUCUGUAAACGAUACUUUCUACAAACAAGGUCAAGCAUUGGAUGUCUUUAUCAAAAAUGUCGAUGCUUUUGAAUAUCAAGGACUAGGAUGGACAGACUAUGCUGUGUAUCCAGAUUGGUGGCAUGCCAAUAUCACACAUUUCUGGGAUAAUUACAUUGCUUCUUUGAUGAAUACAUCUCCAUUGGAUGGUCUAGAAAUCAGCAUGAAUCAGCCAACUUCCUUUUGCCUGGGUUCAUGUGGAUCUCAAUCUCAAAAGCCUCCAUUUCCAUGGCUUUACAGUCCUGAAGAACAAGAAAGAAUACAUGCAACUCAAAAAGCAGCAUUAGAUGCAAUGGCAGGAGAGACAUACCAUCUUUUGUAUCCAAACUAUACUAUUCAUCAUGGUCUUAAUGACUUAUCCGACAAAACAGUAGCCAUGAACGCAAAACACAGUGGGAAUAUCAGACAUUAUGAUGUUCAUAGCUUGUAUGGACAUGCUUCUGGCUAUUUUACAAGAAAUGCUAUCUUAAAUUAUAAUUCUACUCUAAGGCCGUUCUUGUUCAGCCAAUCUACAUUUGUAGGCAGUGGGCAGUAUAUGGGUCAUGUCAGCCACGAAAUGUAUACUUGGGAGAGUUUGGCACUGUCUAUACCCAAAGUAUUGAACUUUCAAAUGCUGGGCAUCGUGUUUUCUGGUAUUAGUAUAUGCCGAUUUCAAGAUGAAGAGCUCUGUAUUCGAUGGAUACAAGUAGGCGCUUUUUAUCCUUUUGCACGCACAUCAGAUACAUGGAAUACGGACCAUACAGAAUCAUUAUGGACUAAUGCAAGUCGUACUGUACUUGAGAUUCGAUAUACUCUUUUGCCUUAUUUCUAUACACUUUUUGAAGAAGCGCAUCGAUUGGGUACGGGUGUAUGGAGACCAUUAGUGUUUGAGUAUCCAAUGUUUGUCAAUGAAUUAUCGGACAAUGCUCAGCAAUUCCUUAUUGGAUCAGACCUUAUGAUCUUGCCUGUACUGACACAAGGCGCAACUCAAGUCAAGUCUGCUCAAUUUCCUCCUGGCAUUUGGUAUGACUGGUAUGGCAAUCAUUCGGUUGUUUCUAUUGCAGACGAUCAUGUUCAAACACUGGAUUUAGAUGCACCUUUGCUACAUAUUCCCGUAUGUAUACGAGGCGGAGCAAUCAUUGCCACAAAGACCUCCACAUUCUCAGUAAAAGACACGUUUGAUACACCCUAUCGCUUGAUCAUUGCUCUCGACAAAAACUAUCAAGCGUUGGGUCGACUUUACAUGGACGACGGUUACUCAUCUAACAAGAGCAACAAUGUCAAUUUUGUGUUCACCAACAAUACAUUAAGCGUGAAUGGUCAGUUUGGGUUUUCAGAGACAGAAUACCUUGAUCGCAUUACUAUCAUAAGUCAUGACAAAGCUUUUCUUGAUCAAUAUACCAAUGCAACACUCAUACUAAAUCAACAUAAGAUAGUCAACACAAUCUUGACAAAACAUACAACAUUUGUUAGCUUUGAUAUUAACAAUAGCACCAUUGCUUUUACAGAAAGAUUUAGUCUAGUUGUUCAACUUGUUUAG